AUGGCGACAAACGACGACAGACCGCGAGUUCUACUGGUCUCUUUCGAGUUCAUGGAGUUCUUUGACGACACGUACAAACCUCUGAUUGAAGCUUUGAGCGAAAAAGCUGCUGUACAACGCGUCAAAACGGCAAACCCUGCUAUUCGCACAUUGGAGCAGGACCCCAAGGCUGUUCUCAUCACGGACGGAGGGAUUGCCAAUGAGCUUGGGAAAUACGGACGCGUUUGGGAUGCAAUUCUUGCUUAUGUCCGACGGGGAGGUACUGCGAUUGUGAUGGGCCACUUCUCGAGCUUCGUCAAGCCAGACAACAUCAAGCCGUUCUUCGCAAAGGCCGGGCUGUCGUGGGAGAGAGGGUCUUACCACCGGACUACGACAACGUUGAACCGCACGAAUGCUGGGCCAAUGGCGGACAAGUUGCCUGCGAGUUAUAGUCAGAAGGCAUUGUCGGUGAGCAAGGUCGAUCCAGCCCACGUUUGGUACGCGUCAACGGCUGAAUCGGUUGUCGAAUCGCAUGUCUUUGCGCCGACCUCGGCGCAUACCCCUUCAGAGGCAGCAGUGGCGCUGGCGGUGGUGGGAGAUGGGAAGUUGGCGUAUCUGGGAGAUGUCAAUGCAGAAGACGGGUCGAAUGAUGCAGUGUUGGCGAUGUGUGGCUUUCUAUGA